AUGUACAUACCCGCAUCAGUACUAUAUUAUGCAAGGAAAGAGGAUGAAAGAGUCACUGCAGUCCCUGUACACGUGUCGCGGUGCUUACGACGCUCGACCGUGUGUCAUCCACCGUCAGACUGGGGUGAAACGUGUUCUGAUCAUACAUCCGACAACCUCCAUACUUCAUGGCUUCUGCCUGGCCUUGGCAAGACUAGUGGCACGAUAGAAACAGGAUACUCUGCGUAUGCGGAGCAAGCAGUUCUGACGGCGGAGUUUUCGGUGGAACAGUUCUGCCGGAAGCAUCCGGCAACGGACCAACUACCGUACCGCUACCUACCUAGUACUUACCGCCGGUGCGAUAGCCUGGGCCUCGCGGGUCUGGUCAGGAUGUCCGGGUGCUCGUGCUUUCCCGCCAAGCUCCGAGCACGUGCUUUCGCGAUGGCCCGCGCGUGUCACCGCUCCAGGUUCACGUCGCGCUCUUUGCUUUUGCUGGCUCGCUCAGAGCCGCCUCACAUCACUAAAUCUACACAUGCCCCCAGACCCAACAUGUCCGAGUCCGAUGAGGAAGCAGACUUGAAGCGAGCGUUGGCCAUGUCAUUGGGCCACCACUCGACAGGGGAAGAAGAUGAAGAAGAUCUUGCACAAGCAAUUGCGCUCUCGCUUCAAGAGAGCGAACAGCAGGUCGGCCCGAAGUCUCCCGUGGGCAUAUCAAACCGUGUGACGACACAGGUUGAGCAAAGUGAUGAAGCCUCCACUGCUGUGGGGGCAUCCCUAUCGAAUUCUGAUGCUUUCUCCAGAGGUCUCGGUGGGAUGGACCGCAAAGCAAUGGAGGAGGAGCGUCUCGCAAGGCAAAGGAAGCGCAAACACAUUUCAUCUCCUGAACAGCCUGUCAAACGUUUGACACCCGCGUCCGAUGGAACAGAAAAGCAGAAGAACAAAAUCGCUGCUCAGUCAUCACCAUCGGUCGUACUGCAGUAUCCCAGAGGGGCCAUCAAACGUACUUUUGCACACGCAUAUCCACGAACAAACGACAUCAGCAUUGACGAGCUGUUACAAACACCCAGCAUUCACAUGGCCGUCAUUAGUUCUUUCAUGUGGGACGCAGAUUGGUUGCACAAGAAACUAGAUCCUAUCAAGGUCAAGCAGAUAUGGGUGAUGAAUGCCAAGGGCAAAGAUGUCCAGAAGAGGUGGUUACAAGAAAUGAAGGACACCGGCGUCCCGAAUCUCACACUCCACUUUCCGCCCAUGCAUGGUAUGAUCCAGAGCAUGCAUAGCAAAUUCCUCCUGCUCUUCGGCAAGAAAAAGCUACGGUUUGCUGUACCUACUGCUAAUAUGACUUGCAUUGAUUGGGGGGAGGUUGCGAAUGAUUGGCAGCCAGGAGUCAUGGAGAACUCUGUGUUUCUAAUUGAUCUUCCUCGACUCGCAGAUGGCGUUUCCGCAGAUCACGCCAAGCUUACAAAGUUUGGAAAAGAGCUCAUCUACUUUUUGGAGCAGCAGGAAUUACCGCGCAAAGUCAUUGAUGGGGUGUUGAAUUUCGACUUCUCAGAGACUGCUCACCUUGCAUUUGUGCACUCCAUUGGCGGUAGCCAUGACCCGACGACUGCUCAUCCAACAGGUCUGCCGGGCCUUGCAGCAGCCGUGCGUGGCUUAAAUCUUGGAAACGUGAAUAAUCUGGAAAUCGACUAUGCAGCCUCCUCGAUCGGUGCUGUAAAUGACAACCUCCUGCAACAGCUGCAUAUGGCUGCACGGGGAAAAGACUCUCCUCCUGUGUGGCCAAAUGGCUAG